GCGUAAGACACAUCAGUAAUGAGAGACUAAACGCAGUUGCUUGACUUUCAGCAGCUGAAGGCAGGGCUCAUAAGGAUUUCCACGCAUGUUCAUGACUUUAUAGAAAUAGUAAAUAUCUAAAAACAUGAAUUUCAUCGGAUCUCGCCUUUCCAUCUGCAACCUCCUCGGUCAGAGGUGCAGACAGAUCCCCAAGACAUGGAGCCGUAGAGGGAUGUGCAAUAAACUGCAGGAAACCAAAUCGGCGCCUCCAGCUGCAGCACCAGAACAAGCAACGCGUGCCUCAUUCAGAGUCCCAGGCUACAAACCCUCUGACAUGGACAAGAAGAUGUUGGUCUGGUCGGGACGAUUUAAAUCCGCAGACCAGAUACCAGAGACCGUGUCGUUCGAGAUGCUGGAUGGUGCCAGAAACAGAAUGCGAGUGAAGGCAGCCUAUUUGAUGAUAGUGGCCACUAUAGGGGCCUGCAUGGUGAUGGUGUUUCUGGGCAAAAGGGCUUCGGGCAGAAAUGAGAACCUGGUGGCGUACAACCUGGAGAAGAAGGCCAAGUGGAGGGAGGAAUUCAAGAAAGAGAGAGAGAACACAAACACUGCUCAGUGAGGGAAGGCCGGGUCGUCCCGAUGCGCCGAUAAGUUUCCCCAGAUACCAGGAUUAGCAAGUUCACUUUUCACCAGUGCACCUACCUCUCAAAUCCUCCCAACAGCGGAGCCUCAUAUAAUAGGGUUUUCAAAGUUUGCUGGUGAAGGUCCCAGACAUCUGUCAAGUUGUCAGGCCGUUAAGUGUAGUUUUCCCAAGCCCAGUCAAGCAUCUGGGUUUCUGUAUGUGGAGCGCUAAACAAAAUAAGUUGAAUAAAGUAUUUCUAGAGAUCUA